UCAACCCAAAAAAGAAAAAAAAAUGAGGGGGUUGUUAAUGGAGACACUUGCUCUUCCCUCAUUCUUUUACUGUCUCAUUGCUUUCUCAUCAACCUUGUUGCAAUUUUGCAUUGCAGCUGACACCAUAAGUCCAGGGCAAUCAAUUAGCGGUAUCCAGACUCUAGUUUCCUCAGACCAAGUUUUUGAGCUAGGCUUCUUCUCUUCAGGCAACAACAAGAGCUGGUACUUGGGCAUAUGGUACAAGAAGACCCCACGUGUACUUGUGUGGAUAGCGAACCAGAACAGCCCAGUCACAGAUCCUUCUGCAAUUUUCACCAUCAGCGACAGUGGAACACUUGUUCUUCUCAACCAAAGCAACCACACUAUCUGGUAUUCAAAUCCAUCCAGGCCAGCACAGAUUCCAGUUGCUCAACUUUUAAGUUCUGGUAACCUUGUUCUUAUAGACAAAGUAACUUCAACCUCUGAAAGCUAUCUGUGGAAGAGCUAUGAUUACCCGAUAAACACGUGGUUACCAGGCAUGAUCAUAGGAAAGGACAUGAGCAAUGGUCUAAACCGAUUUUUGACAUCUUGCAAAGACUCAGAUAUUGCAUCUCCAGGAGACUCUACAUACAAAUUUGAUUACAAGGGGUUGCCUCAAAUAUUUAUAAAAAGGGGAACGAUGAAAAAAUUUCGCACUGGACCUUGGAAUGGAGUUCGAUUCAGCGGUCUUCCUAUGCCUAUAAAUCAAUUUUUCUUUCCCAUAUUAGCAUCCCAAAAUGACAUGGUGGGAUAUAUGUAUGAACCUAAAAACAAGUUGGUUUCUACAAGGAUAACACUGAGCGAGUCAGGCAUCCUCCAACGCUUUGUAUUGAUGGAGGGAAGCACUGAAUGGACUACCAUGGAUGCAGUACCGAAUGACAUGUGUGACAAUUAUGGGCAGUGUGGCCCUAAUAGUGUUUGCAGAAGUUACAAAGAAUCAACUUGCAAGUGUUUGGAAGGUUUCAUCCCCAAAUCACCAGAAGAAUGGAAACUGCUCAAUUCUUCAAGCGGAUGUGUAAGGAGAACCCCACUGGAAUGCCAGAGGAAAGAUGAUUUCAUGAAACUUGGGGGGGGUGAAGUUGCCUGACUU